AUGCAACAGGCUACAAGAAUUGCAAACAACUCAAACAAAUUUUCCAGUGAUGACCAUAACCGUGAACGAAACAUUGAGAGGUUCCCUAAAGACGGCAUAGCUGCUCUUCCUGGAGCACCUAAGAAGAAGAAGAAGAACAAGAACAAUGAUUGCAUCAUUACCCAGACACCGUCGGCGAUCGUCUUGAAGACUCGGGCCGGCGGCGUGUGCGUCCGGCGACUGCGACUGCCCGCCGCCGACUGCGCGGAGCGGCGCGUGGGGCGACCCCGCCCUCGCCGCCCUUGGCAUGCCCCGGCGGACGCGCUCAGGCGGCCUCUGACCACAAGCUACACGUGCUAUUCCUCUCAACCAGUCAGCCAAUGGCUGCGCCUGCUCGAGGCGAAGAAGCAGCGCGCCGCCGACGCCCGCGCGGGGGAUCGAACUGCGCGCUCUCUCUUUCGCCCCUCUCUCGCCACGCGCCGCCGCAGGCGCCGCUGCGCAGCCCUCGACCGCGCGCGUCGCUGGGAGCUCGCGCCAGGCUUCGUAUUAGAGGCCAAGACUAAAAAAAAUGCUAACUACAAUUAUCUAAUUAAGAUGGCGUGA